CAGCCGGGAUCGACUGCAGCGCCAUGUGGUAAAAUUGGGAGUUUGAGCGGGAAAUCCGCAACGUGGCGCUGCAAACUGCGAACGGGGCAGGAAACAUAAAUAUUCCGUGAAUUUUGCUAUUUUGUGGCUGUUUUUCUGGUUAAGGACAACAUGAAGAUCACAGUAACUACUCUGACGGAUUAUAUCUUUGUGCUGGAUGUGUCAGAAGACCUGGAAUUGGAGAACUUCAAGGCAUUCUGUGAGGUUGAAUCUGGCUUUCCGGCCUCAGAGAUUGUGAUUGCUUUCAAUGGGAGGCCCCUCCUGGACGACAAGAAGUCCCUGAAGGAUCAUGGGAUAGUCGAUGGGGAUGCUGUGGUGUUGCAGCAUAUGCUGCAGGCUCAUCAGGAGGGAUUCAUGCCACAGCAGACGGGAGGUCUUCCACAAUUGGACUUUAGCACAAUUCAAGUGCCAGGGGGAUCUGCAGCUGCUCAACGAGGUCCCCUUUCCGUGGCCCCAGAAGAUGAUCCCAAAGUCGUCCGGGACAUGUUUCUCAACAAUCCUGACACCCUGGCACUACUCAAGCAGAACAAUCCUCGGCUGGCUGAUGCUCUGACUUCCGGGAAUCUCGAAACAUUCGCCAAGGUGCUGCAGGAACAGAUUCAGGCCAGAGCUGAGCGUGUUCAGCAACGAUACAAAAUGCUCCAGGCGGAUCCCUUUGAUCACGAAGCCCAACGCCUGAUAGCCGAGGAGAUCCGCCAGAAAAACAUCGAGGCAAAUAUGGAAGCUGCAAUGGAGUACAAUCCGGAAACAUUUGGAACUGUUGUGAUGCUCUACAUUAAUUGCCGCGUCAAUGGGGUCCCUGUCAAAGCCUUCAUCGAUUCCGGAGCCCAGACCACCAUCAUGAGUGCCGGCUGUGCCGAACGAUGCAACAUCAUGCGCCUGGUGGACACCAGAUGGUCAGGAAUUGCCAAGGGAGUCGGCGUCCAGAAGAUUAUCGGGCGAAUUCACAUGGUUCAGCUUCAGAUCGAGAAGGAUUUCCUCAUAACUAGCUUCUCGGUUCUGGAGGAGCAGCCCAUGGAUAUGCUACUGGGCCUGGACAUGCUAAAGAGGCAUCAGUGCAACAUUGACUUGCAGAGGGGAGUUCUGAAGAUCGGAACGACGGGCACGGAGACGCCCUUCCUGGCUGAGAGUGAACUGCCCGACUGUGCAAGGCUCUCGGGCGGAAUGGAGGAGGAGUCGAAAGUUAUGGCGGAAUCGGCCAAGCUUGCUGAGGAUCGAGCCAUCCAGGAAGCUCUGGAGAGGAGUAGACAAAAUUUGCCGUCUACAAGUACUUCAUCGACUGCAUCGGCGACCAGCUCAAAUCCUGCCACAAGUAUCCAACCAACGGAUCAGUUCACGGAGAAGGACGUAGAGGAGCUGAUGAGGAUGGGAUUCGCGCGUGAUAAGGUAAUUGCUGAAUUGAGACAAUUUAAAGGUGAUCGUAAACAGGCUGUUGCAGCCCUUUUUGCAAAAUCGCUCAAGUUUUAGUCCUAAAAGAGGUACUAAGUUCUCUUUUUUUUACUGUAAGAAUACUAAACUUUGCGCUACGAAUUUCUCACUAGAAUCACGAAAAAUCUGGGAUUUAAUAAUUCAAAUUUUCCAUAUUUUAAAAACACGUAUUUGGGUUUUUACUUUAUCUAAUAUUUUUCUUAUUUUAAAAUUCUUGGCAAGGGUGAAAAUAUCAUUUUUUUACAUAAGGAUUUUUGAAGAAGACUAAUUGAGAAAUAAUUUUCUAAAUUUUAGAAUAUAAAAUCACUUAGAAUUUAAAAGAGGUUUAGCAAAAUGAUUUGACAACAAAAGAAGGUUUGUCUUUAUUUUUUAAAUAAAGAAUGAAGUGAAAAAAAACAGAAAAAA